UCUUUUGGCCUCAUCUCCCCUCUCUAGCUCUCGUUUCUAAUCUCUGCGCUUCCAUGCUGGUGGCCUAAUCUGAUUCCUCCCACUAAGUUCUCAACUUUCUUGCUUCCAGUCUUCCCUAUCUUGCUCUUCAAUCGCCAAUAUCAUCGUUUGGCUUCUUUGGUUUUGAUUGGGGUUGAUCUUGAUCCUCAUGAAGAAGACUGAAACGGGCAUACCUCAUUUGUUCAGAUGCCCAAUAAGCCUGGACUUAUUCACAGAUCCAGUCACUCUUUGCACUGGCCAGACCUAUGACAGACCCAGCAUUGAGAAAUGGCUGGCUGCCGGCAACCUCACCUGCCCCGUCACAAUGCAGAAGCUCCACGACUUGUCCAUCGUCCCCAACCACACUCUCCGCCAUCUGAUAGAUCGGUGGCUAGAGUCCCGCCACCAGUUCAAUCCUGGUCUCGAGACAGUUGAUCCUGAUCGCUCCCUGGUGGCCACCCUGAAGAGUACCCUUGAAUCCCAGGAAGUGAGCCUGGUCAGUAAGCUCCAAGCUCUAGAGAGUAUUAGUAUUCUAUGCGAGGAAUCGACGUCAAGGUGUAGUCUAUUUCUGCAGCUGGGUUUCCUGCCUUUGUUGUUGGAACUGAUACUUGGGAAAGUGGAAUCUGAACUCUCCCUUGACCAUGUAAAGUUCCUAGAACAAGCACUGGCUUGUACUCUGCAAUUGCUGGCAAAUGGAAGAGUGAAGUCACUGGACAUACUCAAAGAAGACUCCAAACAAGCAUCAUUGGUGAAUUUGUGCAAACAAGGCACGAAUAGUAUCAAGCUCAGCAUUUGCCAACUUGUUGAUACAAUCUCAUCAUCUUCAGAAAUGAAAGAUCUCUGUGCUGUUCUCGGCCAAAACCGCAAUUUCCUCAGUCAAAUAAUUAUCCUCCUUCCCGAAAAUUCAGAGGUUUCUGAGGCGGCGGUCAAGGCGAUAAGGUCGUUAUGUUCCCUACAGUCGAAUGAGUGGAAUCUGGUGAGAGAAGGUGUGGUAAAUGGGCUGGUUGCCCACAUUUCGACUUUGACCGCUGAAAAGGAGAGACGUCAAAGAUGCCUCUCUCCAAUAGCGGUCUCCACGAUAGAGCGGCUGCUUCAAGGGAAUGCCCAGGUGAAAGAGGCAUUGCUCAAUAACCCAAACGGUGUAUCCUCUCUUGUCAGGAUGGUCUUUGGAGCAUCAAAUCAUGAAGGGAGCGAGAGCGCAGUCAAUUCACUUACGAUCAUAUGUUCCGAUUCAUCAUUGGCGCGAGAACGGGCAAUUGGUGCAGGAGUUUUAACACAGCUGCUGUUUCUUCUACAGAGCCAGUGUAGUGGUAGGACCAAGACAAAGGCCAGGAUGCUGCUCAAAAUGCUUGGAUCAUCUGUUUAGUCCUGGGAGAAAUUUAAUUAAAAAAAAAAAAAAGCAAAAAGAAGAACAUGUACACCACAGAAAAAAAGGGGAAUCAAAGCAUGGGUAGUUGAAUUCUGGGACCUGAUUGGGAUGUCUGAUCUGAUGCCUAUGUGGAUCUUGAUUAUGAUUCGCCAUUGCUCACUCGCUUUACUGGUAUUGUCUAUAUUUCAUGUAACAUCAUCCCCUUUAUAAUAUCAAUUAUGUCUCAUCAACUCCUAUAAGAGUUUAAAGAAAGGAACUGUUUUUGAGUACAUUCUGCAUGCAACAGUGGAUUUGGAAAAAGUUGGAUCUUCUUAGGAACUAUUCGGAAAAAUCAACAGUGAUACCUUGAGUUCCGAUCAGAAAUUUCUAGCAUAAGAGAGACUAUGGUGUCUCCCAACCUUUAGGU